GGUGUUGCUUGUUACGAGACGAAAUUUUUUAAUUAAAAAAUAAAUGAUUGUAUCCCAUAUAAAGCUAUUGAAAAAUUUCGGUUAUAAAAUUGAAAACAGUAGUGAAUUAUGUAAAAAAGAAAGGUCUAAAAUACUUAAUUUAAAAUAAUAGUAUAAAAAACGAAAAAUUAUUCAUUAAUAUUUCAACAAAGCUUAUUACAUCUCUGUUUUAUUGCCACGUAUGUUGACGUUACGACUCGAGUGAGAUGCAAGGCGCAAGUAUCCAUUAGACAAACAGAAAAAGAAGAUCAUAAGGUAAAGAGAAACCUGUCAGACAUUUCUCUAUAUAUCCAUCCCAUUCUAAUACGUUUUAAAUGCGUGUUAAAAAAGGAUAGACACAUCACCUAAGUAGUAAAUGUAGAAAUUAGAAAUAUAUAAUGAGAUUGUGAUAAUUUUUGUGAAAAUAGCGUUGUAAUUGUUUCCGUUUUUGUAUACCGUAAUAAUUGUUAUUUAUUUUAUAAUAGUGUUCAUUGUUAAGUGAUUCGUUAUUGGAAUAUUUCAUAACUAAAGUCUACAUAACAAGUCAUAUGGGCGAAUAUCAAAAUGAAAGGAAUCCAAAUCAAUGCUGAGAAUUGAGUAAAUCAUGUCUUGGAUGAAAAAAAGGGGUUCAGGUACGCCCAGUCCGGCACCAACCCCGCCUGUACCCAUGUAUAACCCAAAUCAACAUUCCACAACUGAGACCCAAUGGAAAAAUCAACCGGUUCAUAAUAAUUGGUAUACGAACCAACAGGUUCAGUACCAACCGGUACCUAAACAAGGUCAACAUCCCCAACAUAAUUACUGGCAGCAACAAUAUAACAACCCCCCUGUUUAUAACCAAAAUAGCCAGUACGGUGAACCCCAAUAUCACAACCAACACGUGGGUUACCUUCAAACUAAUACAGGAUAUGGUCAGCAAAAUUAUAACAACGUGCAGUAUGGUCAGUUGAGUAAUCAGAACAAUUUAUACGAAACUCAAACCGGUCAACAGCAUGCCGAAGCGGAUGCGUGGAAUUGGGGAUGGGGGGAUGAAGAUAAUUCGAACGUUCAAGCAAAUUUGAACCAAACCGGACGAGUUGAUGGCGCAUUUUCUAACGAAGAAGCGUGGAACUGGGGCGUGGAAGACGCGAAAAAUCCCGUUAAAAAUGAAAAUCCCGGCGACGUACAAGAUUUGUUCCCUAAAAUUUCGAAAAAUUCACAAAAAACUGAUAACGAUACAGCUCAAGAUCAUUCAACGACGGGUAAAAGGGGUAAAUUGGAGACGCCUCAAUGGUCGACUGAAUCCCAGAUUUCUCAAGAAUCGUCCGAUGACGUUCUGCAUACUUCUGAAAGCGAUAAAAGUCAUAUGAUGAGUCGUAGUUCAACAAUUAGUCAUUCACCGAUAUCUGGGCAAGAUCCUCAACCGCAAGAAGAUGCACAGGUUAAAAGGGAAACGUACGAAAAUGAGGAAAUUGUUAAUAAUUCUGCACUACCUCGACCGCCGGUACUACCGCCGCCUCAAUCUGUGAACGACGAAUCUAAAAAUCCUUAUAAACGGACGACUGCUGUCUUAUCUCAUUCGUCGACGACAAAUAUGUUUAGGGGCGCGGUUGUUACACCGCCAGACAGUCGACAGAAUUUGUAUCAAACUAACUUUCAUAGUCAACAAGUUAAUCUCGAAACUCCCCCGGAAAAUUCCGAACAACCCGAUCCAGUAAAUCAACCGCAACCAUCGCAAAAAGUUAAACCAAAUCACAGACCCGAUAAUAACGAGGCUCCUAUAAACGAUAGAAAUCAGUAUCUAGAAACCGGUCACUUAUCAGAAGGCAAUUACAACGACCAUACGGAUGAUAUAGAAAAUGAACGUGAAGAUCUUAGGGGGCAACAAGAAGGAAGCGAUAACGUACCGCCCCCUGGACUGAGGAGAAUGGUGCCGGGACAAUUAGAACAAAGAGAAGGUGCCAGUAACCCUGGGAAUUUCACCGACGAACCACCACCGGGACUCAGUAGGAUGGUUCUGGGACAAACCGAAGCGAAUAUACCAACGGCGACCCAAACGUACGGGCCCCCGGAAGGUCUACGUCGAAUGGUACCUGGCGAAUCGAGUUCUCCCGAAUCUCCACUCAAUCAACAGAAAAACCAAGAAGAAAACGAUUCCGAACCGGAAUUUAAUCAACUGGUCCAACACGCCUCCCAACCUCGAUCGGCUACCAUUGGUGCGGAUACCCCGCCGAGUGUUAACAACCCACCGACAUCUACAAAUCCGAAUCGAACGAAUCCAGAUAACAAAAGAAGAGAUUCCGUCGAAGGGGAACUACCGGAAAACGAAAUCGCCAAAAUGACGAAUUCCGUUCGAAAUAUGACGGUUGGGGAGAACGUAACCGACGGUCAUACAUCGAAUACGAGUUUACCGGAUACGGCGGCGCAAAGGAGACACAGUAAACAGGAGAGCAGCGACAGCGAUUCGAGGAAACCGUCGAUAUGGCCUUCACGGGACAAAAGAAUCACCGAAAGAAGUAGAAGAGAACGAGAAAAGGAAAGGGAGAAACUGAGGAAGGAGAGGGAGAGAUAUAGUCCGGAUAGUUACAGGGAUAAAAAAUACGAAAGACGGAAAUAUCGAGGUCGAGGAUACGAGGAGGAUACGGAUUAUUACAGCGAUAAGGAGAAGGAUAGAAAAAAUUACGAGGAUAGGGAUAGAAGAUACGGUAGUUUGAGGAAAGAUAAGGAGAAGGAUAGAAGGCGAAGGGACCCCAGGGAUUACUAUUACUCCAAUAGAUACGAUGAGGAAUAUGAGCAAAGGUCGAGACCAUCCAGUCGAUCUGAUUCCAUGCACGAUUCAUAUAGAGCUAGAGAUAGAGACGAUCGCGAUAGGAGGCAUAGAGAUAGAGAAAAAUAUAGGAGUCGAAGAGAUCCUCGUGAUGUGUAUAAUCCAUAUCAGGGUUUUUCAUACGAUCCUUACAACCCAUACUAUCAACAAUACCAAUAUUACGAGAAUCUAAGGAGAACCAACCCUCAAGCUUACGCAGAAUGGUACAGGAAGUACUAUCAACAGGCUACCGGUCAAACAGCCCCAUUUGGAGGCGAAGAUAGAGCCUCGGUUCAUUCCGGAAGGAGUUCCGCCAACGACGAACUUGCAAAGGAUCGGUAUACAAGACAGAGUUUUUACGGUCAGAUGAGCGCCUCGCAAUUAGGAGGCUACUACAGGGAUAUGCAUACGCAUAGCAUAUCGGGAGGCCAAUAUGCUUUAGAUACUUCUAGUUAUUCACGUCCAUUCGAUCAAACGGAUUCGUCUAUAAACCUCGAAGAUACGACUUUGGCUUCUCAACGGUUAACCCCCGCCAAAUUCGCGACUGCGCACAUUAAAGCUUCCAUAAGAUCAGGUAAAUUACUGCGCAUCCUACCCCAUUACCCCAUGGACGGACAAUCUGCCACCGUGGAAAUUUGUAACACCCAAUCGUUUUUGGUUAACGACGAGGAAUUCAAAGAGAUGAGUCAAUUCCCGGGUCCUCUGGUGAAAGGUGUUACCCAUAAGAAGACGAUCAUCGAAUAUUGCGAAAAUAAAAUUAGAAACGCCAUUACAGGACAGAAGAUACAAGAUGUCGAUAGUUAUAUUUUGAUGUGGGAAUUAUUGAUAUUGUUGAUUAGGCAAAAUGGGAUGGUAGUGGGCGCUGAUAUCGCCGAACUUUUGUUAAAGAACAAAGGAGAAAUUCCCGUUCCUCGUCCUUCUUCUGCAACAUCUAAUUUGAGUAGCAACAAUGGCGAACUUAAUCCUUCUUCCGAAUCCGGUAAUCAACACAAAUCCGAUUUAACGGGUAGUUUAAUAUCCGUUAUGAAAGAAGAAGAAAUUACUAAUAAAUUUAGAGAUUUUCUUUUGUACGGAUCUGGUCAGGAAGCUCUAGAAUGGGCGAUGAAGCACAGUUUAUGGGGUCACGCGUUAUUUUUGGCUAGUAAAUUAGAUAAAAGGACCUAUGCGAAUGUCAUGAUGAGGUUCGCAAAUGGUUUAACGAUGAACGAUCCACUCCAAACUUUAUACCAAUUGCUGUCUGGUAAAAUGCCAGCUGCAGUAACGUGUAUUUCCGAUGAAAAAUGGGGUGAUUGGCGUCCCCAUUUGGCGAUGAUUUUAUCCAAUUCCUCCCAACGUCCGGAACUUAAUUGUAAAGCUAUAACUUCUAUGGGGGAUACUUUGAGGCAUAGGGGAAAUUUGUAUGCGGCGCAGUUUUGUUAUUUGAUGGCGGAGGUUGGUUUUGGAAAAUACGACGAUCCCGAAACACGCCUAGUACUACUAGGUGCAGAUCACUCAAAACCUCACCCCAAUUUUCCAUCAAACGAAAGCAUCCAUAUGACUGAAAUAUACGAAUACGCGUGUGGUUUAAACGACCCCGAUUUCUUCAUACCACAUUUCCAGGUUUACAAAUUCCUUUUGGCGACUAGAUUAGUCGAUCGGGGUCUUGUGGAAAAAUCUUUGGCUUAUUUAGAAAAAAUAUCGUCGUUUAUAGUUUCAAAUCCUUCAUUAGUGGACGCUACUUUCGUCGAUAACGUUUACAAUUUAGCAGACAGAUUGAAGUUUUAUGAUCUGGUUGGAGAAGUUGAGGACGAAUCCGAAUUUGGGGGUAUAUUGGAAACCAACAGACCGGAUAAUUCUUGGUUGAGAGAUCUGAAAGCCGUUCAAAACGAUUUCCAUUAUCUCACGUUUCAGGCUGGAUUAAUACAUCAUCAGAGCAUGCCAGUUCUACCGGUUUACACUAGUGCCAACGAUCAAGAUAAUUAUGAGCAAGGUGUGGUGGAAUACCAACAACAACAGUAUGAAUAUGACGUUCCGCAACAGUCCUGGCAACAGAAUCAGCAACCGGGGCAGGAAUACCAAGAGCAACAGCAGCAGCAACCACAACAAACCGAUUUUUCCCAAAAUCAAUAUCAAGACCCGAACAGCUACUGGACGAAUCAACAACAGCAAUGGGGUGAUCAAUUGAAUCAAUACAGUCAAGAAAAUUCUGAUCAGCAAACUUUAUACAAUUCUAACCCUCAAGAAGAGCCGUCGAAGGUAGAGACAGACGUACCCGAAGUAAGUACACCACUGACGGUACAAGUGGCAAAUUCGUUGCGCAAAAGAUUAACGUCAACGAAAAACUGUCAACUACCCCCUGAUGACGUCAUCGAAUUGAAAAAGUUAUAUACGGACAAAAAGAGUAGCGCGGAUUCGGUGAGUUACGCGAGGAGUUCGUCGCGCGAAAGUUCCGAUAUGGAAGUCGAAACUUACAUUGGUAGACGCAGACAGAAGAACGUUUCCUAUCGAGAUGAAGAAAAAUCACAUUUGAUUUGUUACAGAGAUAAUACGAAAAUUAUAACUAUUAAAAAUGAUUCUAGACAUGCUAAAUACAACACUUUCGAUAUGAAAUGCGAUCAAAAAGGCAAAAUGAUCAAAUAUAAAUCUCUGGAUAUACCGGACGUGAAUAAAACCGCCUGUAACAAAAAUAAAGUAUCCGUAUCGUCGGAAAAUAUCGGAAAAUUAACUAGAAAAAAAUACAAGCACGAUAUUAUCACCGAUACGGUAGACGCUUGGGCUAAAAAGGGGAGCAAAUACACUUUUUCUAAUAUUAAAAAUUCCAUUUUCAAAAACGGCGUCGAAAAAGAAAAAAACGUCGUAUUUAAACCGUUAAUAUUCGGCGGGACGUAUCCCAUUGAUUUGCCGACUUUCGAUAAUAAACUCGAAAUUAAAACUAACGGGGAUGAUAAAAAACAACAAAUUAGAAAGUACGGCCCUGCGCGUACCUUCGAUAUCGAUCAACCUAUAUAAUAAAAAAAAUUCAGCUAGCGAGAAAUAGCAAAAUCGCCCCCCGUAUUUUUAUUGUGAACAAAUAUUGAUAUUCAAAUCGGAAAUAUUACCGUUGAAACCGUCAUUGCUUCUUGAAUGACGUCACCAAGUGAGGUUAUGUGUUAAUGACAGUAAUUUUACGAGAUUUUCCUAUUAUAUUAUGGUUUAAACUAACAAAAAAAUAUAUCUCAUUUUUUUAUUUUGAUUGUUCAAAAGCACAAAGACAGCUUGUGACGUUAAUUUUAAUAUUAUUAAUGUUGAAAAUUAAAAGUAAACCGCCAUUUUGCUAUCUAGUUAUAAAAAUGUAUAUAUUUUCUUUUCAAUAAUGAGAGGUAUUUAUAUAUUAGUAUCAUUUAUUGUGUUAUAUAGAAAUCGUUUAUUUUUCCAACACACCUCGUAUAUCAAUUGAUCUUCGUGUAAUAAAAUUAUAAUAAGCCAUUUUUAGACAAAUCAAUUUAAAUUAUUCAGUCAAAAAAGUGGAUAUUUAAAAAUUUACUUUCUCAAAAAAAAUUUUUUUUCGAAACUAGAAAGCACGCGUAAAUUUUUUUUCGUAUCGAAAAAAGUGUGAUUGUUGAAACUGUUAACACAAAAUAAAUGUUAUAUAAUAGAGAAAAAAUUUCCCAAGAUUAUUACACUCAAACAUAUAAUCAACAAUUCCAAAUAAAUUUGUGUUCACCCUGUAUGUAAAAAAAUAACGUAAUACGUUAUAUGUAAAUUAUUCUGAAUGCACUUCCAGAAGGUAAAAAUGCUUCUCUGAAAUUUUGAUCGGGUUAAUCCGAUCCUGUACCGAAACUUUACCAAUAGGCUCAUGGCCACAUACGAUUCUUUAGGAAUUUAUAGGCAACUGCGAUUAGCUGAUGUUUGAUUCGUAUAACUUUAAAUGUUGUUAAUCCCCCGUACAUGGGGAUUUGAAUUACUUAAAACUAGGUUAUUCAGUUUUGGUGAUAAUUGUUUAAAAAUAAUUAUUAAAAUAACUAAAAUUAUUAUAUAACUGAAUUCAGGUCUAUGAAGAAAGAAAAUUAUGGAAUUUUCACCAAAAACGUUCUAAAUUUGAUAAAAAUAUAUUUCUGAGUUGAAACUUACGAUCAGCUAAUCUAUGUGAUCCAGCUACAGGUUUUAAAGCCAAUUAAGGAUCUAUAAAAGACGUUUGACUGGGAUAACUACUUACCUAGACCCUUUUUUUGUUCUACAAGCACCACAACAAAUUUAAUAGGAAUAAAAUUUCAAAAAUAUACAAAUAAACAUUUAUGCAGGGUUAAACAAAAUUCUACAAGUUAUAAUAUGGUAAAUAGUCAUCAAGUGGAUAAAAAAAUCAGUUUUCAGUUGAUUUUUAAAAAUAUUACACAUUUACAACUUUUUUGGUUCAUUUUAACACAAUUUUAAUAAAUUAUUUAUUAUAUAAUAAUCUUAUAGAUAUUUUUUCUCUAUUUUAGUUAUAAAUGUUGUAUAAAAUAGUAAAUAGUCUAGUUAUUGUUAAAAGGGAAAUAAGGGGUGGGAAGAAACACGUUUAUUUUUUGUGAAUUUACAGCUUGUAUCUUUUUAUGUUUAAUAAAAGUGUGGCAAAGAAUGUCUGCUUGUUUAAAUCAUAACCUAUAUUUCAAAAUAUAGAAAAUCGUGCUAAAAAAAUUAUAAUCCAUCCAUUAUUCUAAACAAUCAUGAUUUUUUAAGAGCUUUUGAUCUGAUUAAGAACAAGGUAUAAUACUAUG